AUGCUGACCGAAUUCGACGAAACAUGUGGAUGCAUCGGUCUUCAGCUGAAUCUACAAAAGACGAUGUUCAUGCGAAACGGAUGGGUCUCGGAUGCCCCAUUCACGCUCAACAGAAUGAACAUAUCCGAAUGCACCAGCUACGUUUAUCUGGGUCGGGAACUGAACAUGAUGAACGACCUGACCUCCGAGCUGGCCAGGAGGAGACGAGCGGCGUGGAGAGCGUAUAAGAGCAUCGAGGAUGUACAGGAAAAGACCAGGAACACCCGGCUCCGUGCUCACCUCUUCAACACCACCGUUCUUCCUGCUUUGACCUAUGCUUCGGAAACCUGA